GGGUAAAAUCUCGAUAUAAGAGACGACAUGAUUUUUAUGUUCUCGAUCGUCUGUUUGAGCUGAUUUUUUCGGUCGAAGAGGAGCCGUGCCUCAAACGAGCCAAGUGUACUAUGUUUUGCGAUUGAUGUAGUCAAAGACUAGUUCUGGGGCCACAGCAUGCGAUCUACUUCAUCUUUGUGAGGCCAACGCUCUUCGAUCUGAUACCGAUUUCGAGUCGUAGUACGGGCAGAAGUUCGUAACAAGUUAUUCCUGUACAAUUUGUUUUUGUUCGUGUUGCGGUCUACUACCGGAAGUUAAGUUGUUUCGUCAAAACUACAUCACUGAGCGAGAGGCGUCGAGAAAAAAAAUCACCAUGGCAGCUUCCUCCUCCGGCGGGGGGUCUGGGUGGGAAGACCUGUUGUCUUCCGGAAUGAAGUGGGCGACGAAUGCGGUGACUUCAGGUUCAGCGCCAGACCUGAGUUUCGUCAUGCUCAAAUCCGUGGCCGAGGCGCAGGCGGAGACGUUGGUCCGGAAGUUAUCCGAGAAGCUUUCCGAGACCAGUGUCCUGACCGUGACAAGUCUGGAUACGCCCGCCCACGCACGGGGGCUGCAACUCGCACAGUUGUUUGCGCAGAUGACGGGGCAGUGCAGCCAGUCGCGGACGGGGCAAGUGUCUUUUCCACAGUACUUACUGGAGGAGUUGAUGCUUUAUGUUUCGAUGUUAGAAGGCAUGUGGCAGCUGAAGUUGCUGCGGCGUGUGGAAAAAUUUUUCUCUGCCUGUUUGGUUUACUAAAUUGAUGAGAACCCAAAGAUUCACAAAAAAUACAGGCUCUCCUCCCUUAGCGGUUGCGACGAGCUGUGGACUGCCUACUGCGGGCACUUCUGGAUGCGGCUGGACCUUUUCUGCAUUUCACUGCUCCUUGCUCCGUACGUCGCCCGCCAGGUCAGUGCGGAACUGCCUUCGUUUUCUGGAAUGAUUCUUCCCACCGUUCUGCUCCCAGCCGGUCUGCUGAAGUUUCUUCCUACACUGAGGUGUCCACCUUCGCUGAAAAUACCGAGGUGUUGCGUGGAACAGCUGAGACUACCCGCUCGCGUCUUGAACGCUCGAGCAGUCCGGGUAGUGCUGGAGAACGAAAGGGUGCAAAAAUGCCUGAAUUGGCUAGUACAAGAACCAGCAGCGCAGGACGAUACUAGGGCACUUGCGACGAACGAGAGCGCCACGGCGGGACUGGGACCGCAGCAGCACGCGCCAGAGACGAUGGACAAGCGUCAAAACCAGGCGGUAGAUCUGGAGGUUUACACUGUCGGUGCGGCGUCGACACGGGCAGACUUUUCGAGUAGUUCGGAACAGGAGCAGAACUUCGGUUCUGCCGAAGCGCAACUGCGAAGGAUGCUGGACCCAGCAGGUGGUGGGGCAGGUAGUGAUAGAAUCAAGUUAUUCAUUUCUGCGUUAUUUUGGCAUCUUUGAGAUUUCCGCAUUCUGGGCGGAAUGAAUGUCUUUUGCAAUCAUCUGUCUACCAGAUAGUAAAAUGUCGUGCAUGUUUAUGUUUUGUGCAACAGGCCCGUCAUCAGCAGCCGGUCGCCGUUCCAGCUACUAUGGUGGAAACAACACCACAACGAUGUUUGAGCAAGAUCCGAUGUCGCGACGCGUGUCCGUCCCGGAGACCGAUUUUCACUACCAAAACGGCGGUUCCAGCUCUUCCUCUGCGCCGUACUAUAAUCCUGGAGCUACUGGUGCACAAAAUCUUGUUCCAUCAGAGCAACUACCGGGUUCUUUCCCGUCGAGCAGUCGUAGCUGGGUGCACCUAGUACUUCCGAGCUCCUGGACUUCGAAAAAUGUGGUGCAAGCAAGUCUACUCGCGACUUCCUCUGCCAUCUACCUGCUGCCGGGGCCCACCUUCUUCCUCGCGCACCUCUUCGGCGCGUGGCUCCACGGGGGCCGGGAAGGCUGGAAGGCGGAAACCAAGACCAUUGGCCUGCCGCAACUGCAGGAAACCUUCGACCGACUCCUGGAACCGCCAAAAACGAAGAACCCGGAUAGUAUAAUGUUGAUCAUGAUUGAACAUGUGCCGAGGGAAUGAUUUUGAUUUGACAUUCGGUGUGUAACACAGGUUUUCCAUAGGUACAUAACCAGCCGUCUCGAUUUAAACUUUUUUUGAAACACUCCAUAUAUAAUCAGGUCUCUUUUUCCCCUUCGCGAUCGGACUGGGCGCCGUGCUAGGCGGUCUCGCGCUGGUCGGCACUUUCGGAGGUAGUGGUGGAAAUAAACCGGAUCCUCCGGAGCAGCAAGGAGAUAAUAUUUCCCCGUAUGGCCGACCACUGAAUCCAUUAGCAUCUUCUUCGCAACAAGGUCCUCCACUUCCGGGGGGAAUGCCGCCCAUGCAGCACCAGCAACAGCCCCUAAUGCUCGGCGGGGGUGGCGUUGGCGGCGUUAUGCGGUGAGAGCUUGGUCUGUGGAAAGACCAUGAGUAGAGCCAUGAAGAACAAAACACGAACGCCUCUGGUGCUAUAGUAAGAAAGUAAACGACACCAACAUGGAUGCUUCGUGCGCAUGUAAUGAACAGUUGACUGAACAAUACCUACUACAUUUUGGUGAACUUCUUCUUGCUCUCCUGAACUUCGCGGUUGCGAGAAUACCAAUGCAUCAACAAGAAUACAGAAUAAGAAAGAAUCACUAGUUGCUCUGCUGCCUGAGCAGCUGCACUGUUUCAAGAGAGCAGCGCAGUUCAACUGCAAUCCGCCACAAAGAUGGAUCAUUCGCUGGUGAUAUCUGGUUGUGCCUCCAUGCUUGAGGACUCUAUCAGCGUGC